AUGACUGUAGCUGCCGUCAAUCGCCCGAAAUCCCCCAGCUUACAAACUGGUCCGUCUUUAUUGAAUGAUCUUACUGCCAUAUUGCUUAGAUUCUGCCUCCACCGCGUUGCCUUAACAGGCGAUAUAGAAAAGGCUUUCCUCAACGUGCGACUCAACGAAAAAGACCGCGACUUCACCAAAUUUCUGUGGUUGUCUGACCCGUCCGACCCAGAAAGCCAAUUCAAUGUGUAUCGCUUCACAUCGGUACUUUUCGGAGCUGUUUCCUCACACUUCAUACUCAACGCCUUCGUUAAAACGCAUCUAGAGUCUAAUGCGUCGAUUUCGACAUCCUCCGAUCUCCAACAAAAUAUAUACGUGGACAAUGUUGUAAGUGAUGUUGAUAACAAUGCCGAAGCCGUCAAUUACUAUAACGAAGCUAAUACUUUGAUGAAAUCGUGCGGUUUUAAUUUACACGCAUGGUCCUCAAAUUCCGAUGAAGUCUGCACCCUUGAAAUCGCGACAUGA